AUGAGUCACAUCUCAAAGCAAAGUUCAACAAAUCUCAUGUGCCUAAAUCAAAGCGCCAGUGCAACGCCGGACUCCCAAACUCCCAAUUGUCGAACCUCCAUCGUCAGAAUCCCAUCGCUAGGCUGUCCCAGAUUGUGGUCAAUUAACAACUGCCAGAUCGACAUCGCAGCAACAGACGGCUCAAGUCUGGGAAUAGCCCUCAUCUCUGCACCAAUCACACUCAGAUCUUCAUCGUCUUGCAGUACGGCACCACUCGACCGAUACGAACUUGUCAAUGCGGUGGCCGCACCUGUAGAUAUGUGGAGGAAUGAAGAAUGUUUAUGUGUGUGUGUUUGUGGGGAUGUGUUUGAAACGAAGAGGUUCCGUCCACUCAUUGGGUGUAUACUACCCAUCAAGCAGGAUGCAGAAUCAACGAACUCGACAGUCAUGCUAUUCGAUAGCAUAUACGUGGAUCGUAGUGAGCCAAUCGGAAGCAUGCCGGUGCCGCUACAUCUGCUCCAGGAAGACCACACGGAACGAUAUGGUAGGAUUGAUGUUGGUCAGCAGUACCAAAAGAUUGUCUUUAGCUUGAUGCAGUAG